CAGCAUGGAUGUCUUGGGUUGGCAGUUGAUCUGCUAUUUUCAAAUUUGGACGACUUCCAUAUUCGAGAAUUUUCAAUAUCGUUCGUUUUUAACAUCAUUCUUGGAAAUUGUAAAUGAAGAUACAGGGCCCGAUGGUGAAAGAGAACAAGAGCAGGGUAGUAGUACUUCUAGCGAACGAGUCGUAGAUAGUUUGUUGCAGUAGAACACGGACCAUACUACUCGUAUUCGAGUUUAUUUUGACCACUACCAAUUUAUGAGCUAGUUGUUGUAGUUGUGCCAUAUCUGUCUUCUACACUAGGCCUCUUGUGCACGUCGGUCGUUACUUGGUUGACUACUACUUUUCAGGACCCUCGCGACUGCAGUAUCUAUCAAGUCUUUUUUUCCUCGUUAUUUCCCUUGUUAUUGAGACAAAAACAGUUCGUUGUAGAAAGAAAAAAAUGGCGACCGCCACCAUUCCGAUGACGGUGUGCACCUCGUGCAACGAGCACGUGCCGGUGUCUGAGCAGCGGGCGCACUACCGGUCGGAAAGGCACAUGUACAACGUGAAGCGGAAGCUGGAAAACGCGGCCCCGAUUCCCGCCGAGCUGUGGGAGCGGAAGUUGCAGCGGUUUAAGGAAAUUCAGAUGGAGCAAACCGGGAAGAAAACGGACCACUUGAAGGAAAGCAAAAAGCGGAAUCUGGCAGAACAGACUACUUCAGGGAGAAAUUCCGUAGCGACCAAUCAAUCCAAGGCAGUGGCGGUGAACGCCAACGCAGAGGUAAGUAAUAUGUAACGCAGUACAACUUCUAAAAAUGCUUGUAUUGUAAAUGCGAUGAUUUGACGCAGCUCUUGCUAAAAAAGUUGCUUGCUGGUGAACUACUACGUAGGACAAAGUCGGGCUACAACUUGAUGUCGACGAGAUAGUACAACGAAGUGUGCGUCGUGUACUUAGUUCACGACUUAGGAUGUCUAUGUCAAAAAUCAAAAAUCAACUUCCAAAAACGCAACACCAGGUUGUUCCCCUGCCCAACCGGUCCCUUUUCGACCACCGAACUUUCAAAUCUCUCGAAGACAACCUGGAUUACAUGGGUAAAAAGUUUUCCUUCUUCAUCCCCGACGAAACCUACUGCACCGACAAGCCCGGGUUACUCUCCUUUCUGCACAAGAAGAUCUCCGAAGGGCACCAAUGUCUCUACUGCGACAAAUCCUUCGAGGACGAACUGUCCUGUCGGAGACACAUGCUCGACAAGAACCACACGCGGAUUGGCGUCGAGGGGUACACCCGCGCGGGCAACUACUCGGAAGCCAUCACUGCGGAGUUAAAGGCGCAACUGGUAUCAAAUGCAAGUAUGUCUGGGUCUGGAAGAUUGCCAGAUUUGUCAUGCUAGCCUAGCAUGACUCUGAACUCUGUAUUGCGUGCCCGCUACGAGCUCUUCCUAUCUGGCAUGCAAAAACGCAGUUUGUCAUGCGGAUUACGCAACAAAUCUGAAGCUGAACUACACGGAAAAACUUGUCAUGCUGGGCAGCGCAUUACAGUGCGCUCACUCUUCCCUUUCUUGCAUCACAAGUUUCCAGACACAGACAUAUUUGCAUUUGAUAGCUGGAGCUCUUCUACGAUUUCCGCACAAGUUGGAACGAGCUCAACCUGAAGGAGAAUAAGAAAAAAACGCUGGAAACGGUGAGGGAAGCGCUGACCGACCAGAUGCUGGAGAACGCCAUUGAGAAGGUGGAAAAAAACGCAGAGAAAAAGGCGGCGAGGAAGGAAGCCGAAAAGAAUCUGAGUAUAAAUUUUACAUAUGCAGCUGUUGGGUUUUUUUUUUGCAAGAGAGGCACAGACAAUUUGAUAAAUGGACGUCGUGUAGUAGGUAACGCUUUGAGUUUGACGUUCAACAUCAAGAGUUUUUAUUCGUUGCGGCACGGUGCAUAUGCACUGCAAAAGCAUCGUACUAGUAUAAAUUGCAUCACAAAUUAGCUCAGUAUGAAAAAUUGAAUUUGUAAUGCUAAAUUACCUAAGAAACAAACCAGAUUUGUCAUGCUAGUCUAGCAUUCCUUUACGCUACAAACAGGCGACGCGGAGAAGCUGCAAGAGAUGUUUGAAUUUUUUGACGAGGACGAAGAUCACUUGCUCGCUUUCGACGAAGCCGUUGACUUCGCAGAGUUUAUCGACGACACAAUAGAGUUUUCGGAGCUGGAUUACCAGCAACUGGUCGAGGAAACGGACGCGGAAAGAACAGUAGAACAAGGAGCAUCAUCAUCACUGAAGCGAAAUAGUAGAGCAGAUGGUGACCACAAGGAGGACAACAAUUCCGACGCUAUAAUUCCUGGCGUCAGCCUGCAGUGCUUCGCCCGGAAGUUUUUCGGGAGCCGGCCGAAUCCAAGUGCUUUCAUCCAAGAAAUCUAUGCUGAGUAAAAACGUCCCCACCCCAGAGUUGUCAUGCAAAUCUGCAUGCCAAAAAAGUUUCUCAUGCGGAGCCCCAUGAGAAAUAUUUUCUAGCUGUUUUUUGGAGUUUGUGAUGCUAGAAUCAGCAUGAUAUGCUAGAUCUGUGACGCUGCUGAACUAGCGAAACAAGAUUAUACCAGGAGGGCAAACCUGUCAUGCGAAACAGCGAAAGCUGGUUGAUUUGUCUAGCAGAUUUCCCAUCUUGGCUCUGGUGUGGGGACGUCUUUACUCAGGAUAAAAUCUACGAGAAAUUUUGCACAGAAUACGAGCUGGAAUCGGAUGAGGAAAACGAAGUCCACGUUUGCGACGACGAGCAUGAGUUCCAGAAGGUUUGCAAGGCUUUGAACCUGAGAAUCGCGAAAAUCGUGCCGGAAACGGGAAAUUUACAACUCCCGGACGGCUCCGAGGCGGCGCACAGGCGGCUGCGGUACAUUUACCGGCAGCGGGGGUUGGCGCUGUACCACAGCCGGCGCGGGCAAGAGAAGGAAAAGGUGAAGGCCAUUGGAGGUGGUUUUGGGGCGAGGUUAGCGCUGCAGAACGGGCAGAACAACUGCGUGAUUGGUAUUUCGCAGUUGAAGACGCAGGGGAAACAGAUCAUGGCCAUAAAGAGGGAAGAUCAGAAGCGGUUCAUGAAGCAGGGAAUCACGAAUACCACCGUGAACCGUGGGAGAACCAUCCGGGCAAUGGAUUACGUGCGUUAAGUUCAUCUUUUCAGUAUCGUCCCGAUAGAGAAGUAAAAGUAGAUAAAACAACCAUUAGACUGACUAAUUUUAUUCCCAUUGAGCCGCGCUUCGAGGAUGUAUGUCCGCAGAUGAACAACAAUCUCGUACAGUUCUUGGUUGUUUCCUGAGCUGGUGCCGGCACAUUGACCCCCUAGUUGUACACCCUGGCCUUUUUUAGCGCUUAGCGGGGGAGGUAGUGCUGGUUUGAAGAGGUUCGUCGUACUAUAGAAUGCUUUGAACCACCAGCACGGGGCGAACCAACUGAGUCUAGUGUAAGUAUAGAGCGAGUAGCGUUUUUGGUUCUGGGAAUAGGUUUUUUAUCUACAUGUCUCAUUCUUGUGCGGGAAAGAUGGACAUCAGUUGUUUUAAACGCAACAUGCUGGACGACAUUAUAUUGCAAAGCACUUGCUGUUGCUGGUGCAUGUGAAGUUGAAGCACCGAUACAGAAACAUGGAUCACAU